UCUUGGCAACAAUCUUUGGAGGUGUGGCCAAAAUGAGCAAACGUUUUUCUGGUGAAUUAGGGAUGAAGGAGACUGAAAUAGCAAGCGGACCUCCUUCACAUCGACAUGCUAAUAGGGUUGUGCCGAAUAUUGCUAAGUAUAAGGUUGGAGUGCCUCCUAAACAAAGCCUUUUUGAAGAAUUUAAAAGUACAGUGAAGGAAACAUUUUUCCCAGAUGAACCUUUACGUUCAUUCAGAGACCAAUCCAAAUCGAGAAAGUUUGUUAUGGGUUUGGAAGCUGUUUUUCCCAUCCUUAGUUGGGGAAGGGACUACAAUCUCACUAAAUUCAAAGGUGACCUAAUUGCUGGACUUACCAUUGCUAGUCUUUGUAUUCCUCAGGAUAUUGGAUAUGCAAAGCUUGCUAGGUUGCCAGCUGAAAAUGGAUUGUAUUCUAGCUUCGUUCCACCUCUUGUGUAUGCAUUCAUGGGAAGUUCAAGAGAUAUUGCAAUAGGACCCGUGGCUGUGGUGUCUCUCUUGCUCGGUGGUAUGCUGGAGAAUGAGAUCGAUCCUGAAAAAAAUAAAACUGAAUUUCUCGGCCUCGCUUUCACUGCUACAUUUUUUGCCGGUGUCACGCAGAUUGUACUUGGUUUUUUCAGACUGGGUUUCGUGAUUGAGUUUCUAUCUCAUGCUGCCAUUGUUGGAUUCAUGGGUGGAGCUGCAGUCACCAUUGCUCUUCAACAGCUUAAAGGUUUGCUUGGCAUUAAGGAUUUCACCAAGAAGUCGGAUAUUGUUUCAGUUAUGCGCUCAGUCUGGAGUUCCGUACACCACGGGUGGAACUGGCAGACGAUACUCAUUGGAAUAUCGUUCUUGUGCUUCAUGUUGCUUGCUAAGUUCAUAGCCAAGAAAAACAAGAAAUUAUUUUGGGUUUCUGCCAUUUCUCCUUUGAUCUCCGUUGUUCUUUCCACCUUUUUUGUGUAUGUAACACAUGCAAACAAGCAUGGUGUGGCAAUUGUGAAUCAUAUUAACAAAGGUGUGAGUCCACCGUCCAUUAAUGAAAUCUACUUCACCGGAGACUAUCUAGCCAAAGGUUUUAGGAUCGGAGUGGUGUGCGGCAUGGUUGCGCUAACGGAAGCUAUAGCGAUUGGAAGAACUUUUGCUAGCAUUAGGGACUAUCGGCUGGAUGGAAACAAAGAAAUGGUGGCACUAGGAACCAUGAACAUUGUUGGCUCCAUGACAUCUUGUUAUGUUGCUACAGGCUCCUUCUCAAGGUCGGCAGUAAACUUCAUGGCAGGCUGCCAUACGGCGGUGUCGAACAUCGUGAUGUCUUGUGUGGUACUUUUGACAUUGGAACUCAUCACACCGCUGUUUAAGUACACCCCAAAUGCCAUUCUUGCUUCUAUCAUUAUAUGCGCUGUGAUAGGCUUGAUUGACAUAGAAGCAGUGAUUCUGAUAUGGAGGGUCGACAAGUCUGAUUUCAUUGCAUGCAUGGGAGCCUUCUUUGGUGUGGUUUUUAUUUCAGUUGAGAUCGGUCUAUUAAUUGCGGUGGCUAUAUCCUUUGCCAAAAUCCUCUUACAAGUAACGAGGCCACGAACCGCAGUUCUUGGGAAGCUUCCAUGGACUAAUGUUUAUAGGAACAUCCAGCAAUAUCCAGAAGCAACUAGGGUUCCUGGCAUUUUAAUUGUGAGAGUUGAUUCUGCAAUAUACUUUUCAAACUCUAACUAUAUUAAGGAGAGGAUUUUAAGAUGGCUUAUCGAUGAAGAAGAAUUUAACAAGGAAAAAAAUCAGCCUAAAAUUCAGCAUUUGAUUGUUGAAAUGUCACCCGUCACUGACAUUGACACCAGUGGCAUCCAUGCCUUAGAAGAGUUAUACAGGGCCCUAGAGAAGAAAGAAAUUCAGCUUAUUUUAGCAAAUCCAGGACCAGUUGUGAUUGGGAAACUUCAUGAUUCAAAAUUUGCAGAUGUAAUCGGGGAGGACAACAUUUUUCCUUCGGUGGCUGAUGCAGUUCAAGCACCUGACCCCAAAACUGAAGAACUUUGAUGCCUAUAUUCAUACAUGUAUGUGUAUGUUAUAUAAUAUAUAUAGAUUAAUAUAGUGAGAAAUUUAUAAAAAAAAAUUGUGAAGUACAAUAUAUAUCAUGCACCUCUAAUGAUUGUAGAUUGUUAUUUCUUACACCACAUAAAAACUAUAUA